CUAUGAUUUUUAAAGGGCGCAGCCGUACACUAGAUAGUUCAUAAAUAUCGAAUAUAUAUAGAAAAGUCACUUAAAAUGUCACAACGAAAGACCGUUAUUCAUUAUGCUCUUAUUUUGAAACAGGAAACUGACGGUUUGUCGCUAUGGUAACGUUUCAGCUAACGUUAGCCUCUUAGCUUCGGUGUACCUGUAUCUCUCGCGUUAUACCUCAUAGUGUUUAUCAAUUUAUUAUCAAUGGAAGGCUCCGAUUCAUACCUCAUACGACCUAAUUACCAGCACAAAUUUAAACCAGCCGUUGUGAAGGAGUGCAUUCGUGAAAUAGUGAGAGAGCGAUUGUCUGGUGUGCAGUACGACCCCGAGCAGGUCUCAGAGUUGUCCCGUUCUCUGGCAGAUUGCAUUAAGGACAAAGUAAAGAGUGCUGGAUUUGACAGAUAUAAGCUUGUUGUGCAGGUGGUGAUAGGAGAACAGCGGGGGCAGGGAGUCAAAAUGUCAUCCAGGUGUUUCUGGGAUGCAGACACCGACAACUAUGCGGAAGAUUUAUUCAUGAAUGACAGCUUGUUUUGCCUGGCGGCAGUUUUUGGAAGCUAUUACUACUGAAGAUGAGAGGAUGGAUAACAGAUGUCUCAGGUGAAAAGCAGUGAGGCUUACACAGCAACUGGAAGUCCUGCGAAUCCUUCAAACAACCUGGAUUAUACUCAGCCGUGUCCUUUCUACUGUCUGCAGUCCUACAGUACAGGCUAAAGUAGACGUGGGCAAGCUACGACCCGUGGGCCAGAUGCGGCCCGCUUGGCUUUCUGAUCUGUUCCACCACUCAGUGGUACAACGUAUAGUAAAGUCUGGUUUAAAUCCCUGUUGUAAGGAUUGCAAUUUCAGUUAAUGCCACUAGAUGGCGGCAGACAAAACGAUGUGCCAAAUUAAUCUUUGGCUAGGUCAGUCAAGCCAGUCAAAAUUUAAAACUAAUUUUGAUUGGUGAGCUAAAGGAUGUAUUGUGAUGGUCUGUGUUACAACUAGUACUGUAUGUUUCAUAUCAGUUCUUUCUGGACGACAUUGAAUUGCAUGGGCUUUUAGUUCUCUACUAUAAAAUGUUCUGUCAUUUUGUUUUUUCUUUUUGAACUGUGAACUUUCUGAGUCUUGAACUCAGUACAUCACUAACAUGUCCAUAUGUCUUUCCCUUGUGUUCAAAUAUAAAAUAAACUAAGAGAUGUAGACCUUGUGGCGUAGUGUGAUCCAACACAGUAUUGACUCCUCACCUGCAGCUGCACGUGAAGCACAGUCAGAGUUCAGCUCUUUACCUGUUUGACACCAUACGUCCUUAAACGGCUGCUCUCUAUUCCACAUAUGUCCA